AUGCAGCGGAAUGGAUGGUUUCCGGUUGGCCACCCGACGGUCUACGUUGGAGAGGAGUGUAAGCUCUUGACAUGGGCGAGUGGUUGCGACAUCACGCGAGUCGAGGGGUUGACCAAAUGCCGAGUUUUACCGCCGCGCAAUCUGUAUCACCCUGUUUUGCCGGCGCGCAUGCAUGACAAACUUAUGUUUGCUUUGUGCCGCUCAUGUUGUCAGAGUUUGCGUCAGGGCGAGUGUAGACAUGAUGACGAGGCCGCGCGAGAAUUCGAGGUCACGUGGGUGUCCGUUGAAUUGAAAAAAACCGUGGAGAUGGGCUAUAAGAUCAAGAGCAUUCGCGAAAUCUGGCAGUUUACGGUAACAUCUUUUGAUCCGACUACUCGUCAAGGUGGGCAUUUCGCCGACUACAUCGACACCUUCCUCAAAAUUAAGCAAGAGGCAAGCGGCUGGCCUGCUGAAUGCGAGGAUGAGUCGGCUCAAAUGCGAUAUCUCGACGAGUACGAACGUGUCGAGGGUAUACGGCUAGAUCGCGACCGUAUUGGAAAGAAUCCCGGUAUGCGAUCGGUCUCUAAAUUAUGUCUAAACUCAUUUUGGGGUGAGUUUGGGCAACGUGAGAACCUGGUGAAAACGGAGGUUAUCAAGACGCGACAGCAGCUGCUCGAGCUUUUGACCAACCCUGAAGUCGAGGUGUCCGGUUUGCUGCCUGUGAACGACGAUGUGCUGUACGCUCGGCUGAAGCUCUACUCGUACCUCGAGAAACUCGAUCGGCGCGUUCUCUACUACGAUACUGAUUCAGUCAUUCAUACCUGGAACCACUACCGACUAAACGUGUCUGAACCUUCUACGGGUAACUUCCUUGGCGAUCUAACGGACGAGCUGGAGCCUUACGGCCGUGGGAGUUUUAUACGGGCUUUUGUCUCUGGGGGGCCAAAGUUCUACGCAUUCAUCGUCAAACGUCCGAAUGGUGAAGAGGUUGAAAUUUGCAAGGUGAAAGGUAUAACGCUGAAUCACACGACGAGCUCGAAGAUCAACUUCGAGGCCAUCAAAAGGAUGGUGGUAGAAGCCGCUGGACCCAUCAAUUUGGAGUAUCGUGCUAUUCGCCGUACGGAACUGCACGCAGUGGUGACUCGCUCCGAGCGCAAAACGUGCAAGCCAGUAUUCGCGAAAAAGCGUUGCUGCGUCGACAGUUUCGACACGCUGCCCUACGGUUACCGUGCUAGAUGA